UCAGAGCAGAGAGAAGAGGCACAGAUUCACGCAGCAAGCGUUUUUGAAUCUGGGAACAGUUUACGCGCAUAAGGAUCUCACGGUGCACCUGUGGGAUGACUUUUAGGAAAACAUUUGUGUAGCACAUGGAAUCUUAUAGAAAUCGCAUGGGUGCGUAAAGCCGUGCCAUGCAGGGGAACAGCAGCGCGUCGGCACCGGGUUUAGCGGCGUGCGGUCCGGCACUGGAGGAGGGCGAUGCGCUGUCGAACCGUACCGCUCUCCACAACCUGUCGCUCCGCUGCUGGCUGCAGCUGCUCUCCAAAGAGUCCGCGCCGGAGCUCUACGGCGACAGCUCGAGCAUGGCCAUGCGGGUCGUGAUCGCGCUCGUCUACCUGAUAGUUUGCGCGCUGGGGCUCGUCGGGAACCUGUUGGCGCUUUACCUGCUCCAGUCGCGCCACAGACUCAAGCAGUCGUCCAUCAACUGCUUCGUCAUGAGUUUAGCCGUGACGGACCUGCAGUUCGUCCUGACUCUUCCGUUUUGGGCCGUGGACACCGCUUUGGACUUUAGAUGGCCGUUUGGAAAGGUGAUGUGCAAGAUUAUCAGCUCGGUCACCACCAUGAACAUGUACGCGAGCGUGUUCUUCUUGACAGCUAUGAGCGUUGCGCGCUACUGCUCCUUGUCCUCAUCUUUGCGGAUGCAAAGUCCCAAAACGGCGUCGGCUGAGGUCAAGUGGGCCAGUUUGGGAAUCUGGAUCGUGUCCGUGGUGGCCACCAUCCCUCAUGCGGUUUACUCCACCACGGCGCAGGUGUCCGACGACGAGCUGUGCCUCGUCCGCUUCUCGGAUUCCGGUAGCUGGGACCCGCAGCUGCUUCUGGGUCUCUAUCAAACCCAAAAAGUACUUCUGGGCUUCGUGAUUCCGCUCAUCAUCAUCUGCGUUUGUUACCUCCUCCUGCUGCGCUUCGUUCUGCGGCGGCGCGUCAGUGGAAUUCCCGGCUCGGACAGCGAGAGAGGGCGGCACAAGCGCCGUUCCAAAGUCACCAGAUCGGUCACCAUCGUGGUUCUAUCGUUCUUUCUGUGCUGGCUGCCCAACCAGGCGCUGACCCUUUGGGGGGUGCUCAUCAAAUUCGACCUGGUGCCCUUCAGUAACGCGUUUUAUAACGCGCAGGCCUACGCGUUCCCCAUCACCGUGUGCCUGGCGCACACCAACAGCUGCCUGAACCCGGUGCUGUACUGUCUGAUCCGCCAGGAGUACCGCACCGGCCUCAAGAAACUGCUGUUUAGAGCCACUCCGUCCAUAAGGAACCUCGCCAAGCUGGUGUACCGGGGGAAAAAGGUGGCGGAGGCUCCGCCUGCAGUGGCAGUGGUGCAGAUGGAGAUCGGGAUGUGACCUUACCGAUGAGGAAAAAGCCACCGAGACUCGUUUGAACUUUCGAAUGCGUCUUUGUAUACCUCCGCGUCGUGGAUUUGCAAAUAUCAGACACUGCUGACUUGAAAUAAAAUUGCAUUGGCGCGUAUAAUACAUGCACAUUACUGGACAAAAGUUUGGAUGCACGUGUGUUUCUCACGAUCUCAAAAACUUCAAGGCGUGUUUUUGCUUUGUAUUUUUUCCAGAAAGUGUUUCCGAGUGUUUGUUUGUUUAUUUAUUUAUUAAUUGGGUGAAUUUAAGCAGAUAGUAUGGCAAAAACAUCAUUAAAAAUAUAUAUAUAUUUGUGAAAUUUACUAGCAGUUUUUGCGUGAUUUCAUUUUUUGAUUUUCAGUUUCCUUGAAGUUUAAGGAAAAUAUUCUUAAGCAUAAGGGUGAAACAAAAAUGACUGAGUAAAAAUGGACUAAAAACGAAAUGUAUGCACGUAUUUAUUUAUUUAAAUUAUUUGUUUUUAUUUAAAUAUUUCAUAGUUUAUUUCUUUUUUUCCAUACAAGUUUAAGGAAAUAUUUCUAAAAAGUGUAAGGGUGCAACAAAAAUGACUAAAAUUGCUAACAACUAAUGACAUUUUUUUUUAUUAUUAAUUAAUUUUAAUUUUAAAAAAAUUUAUUAAAUUUAAUUUAUUUAAAUGUAUCUUUAUCUGAUGGGUGAUUUGAAGCAGAUAUUCAUGUGAAAGCAUUAACAAGUGUUCAGUAUACACAUUUAUCCUUAAUUGCAUAAUUCACACACUUUUGUUUGCACAAUUUCAUAGUUUUAAUGACUUCUCUGGCCUCUUCUUACAGACUGUUGUCAUUGUAAAUCAGGUUUAUUUUAUCAUUUUAAAAUAAGUAAUGUACAUUUAUUACAGUAUACUUUUGAGCCACUUAUGAUGACUCCCCUCUUCUAAGAGCUCUAGAAUUGUGGAGUUUAUUGUAAAAUGUUGAUAACAAUUAUCAUAAGAAAUGAGAAGGUGUGUCCACACUCCUGACAACUAUAUCCUGAAUCCUGAAUGAUGAGACCAUAAUAGUUGAUUCUAUUGCAUGGAAACAUUUGUUGCUCAGACCAUCCCAAACAUCUCAAACAACCGACGUCUCCAUGGAUAUGCAGCAUUUUCAAAAGCUGAGCUACAGGACUAUAACUCGCUCACUGUGACCGCGUUUAUUCUGGGG